AUGGAGCAAGUCCUCUCAUGGAAUCUCAAAGAGCUUUUGAAUGAUGGCAGUGGCGGCGAUUCAAACACAAUGACUGGACGAACGAAAAUGUUCCACAAUGCUUGCAUGACACUCCCAAUCAAAGGUGCGGAAGGAAGUCAAGGAUUAUUGGACUUGAUGGACCAGUUUGGCGGGUUUCCAAUGAUUUCACCAAAGUCGUCAAUAUCGGGAUGGAAAUUCAAUUGGCUCGACACUGUCAUCAAAAUGCGACAAUUGACGUAUUCGUCAUACCCAUUGAAUGUCUAUGUAUAUCUCGACGAUCUCGACAGCACCAAAUACGUCACUUUUGUGGACGAAUCUACAUUAGGAAUGUCGGACUUUGUUUUGCUCGGAGACCCAACAUCGCAAGACUUGACCGAUUACGUAGACUACAUGUACUACGCAGCGAAACAUUUGCGGGACUCCCGCGCAAUUAUUGCCAAAACUCCGCCAGAGGACACUCCAACAGACGAAGAUCUGUGGUUGGCAAUUCAAGAUGUUAAAACCUUUGAAAUCGCUUUAGCCAACGUGAGUACAUUAGUUCUUUCGAAUAAAAUAUUG